GCGAAACUGUUUUAUUAUACAUUCAAUUUUGUUCAAUGUGAUUGUAACAACUAAAAGAGUUUCACUUUGAUGCAUGAGCAACGAAUGGAAACGUUUGAAACCAUAAACACAAAUUUAUAGCGCCAGCAUCUAAUUACUCCUUAUACUCUUGUUAUAUAUAGUUCGAGUCGGACAGAGAAACAAAUCAGACGACCAUGGCCCCUCUCCGAGCUCUCUCCUCCGUCCUCCUCCUGCUCCUCGUGCAGCACGCGCGCACAGCGAGGGCGAGCACGCUGGAGGACACGUGCAGGCUCGUCGGCACCGGGGGGGCGCAGGACUACGACUUUUGCGUGAAGACGCUGGGGGCGGACCCGGCGAGCGCGACGGCUGACGAGCUCGGCCUGGCCGUCAUCGCGUUGAGGAUGGCCAGGGCGACCGCCAAGGCCACCGGCGACCACAUCGCCCAGCUGCAGGCCGCCGAGACGUCGCCCCGGUGGCGCCUGGGGCUGGACGAGUGCGCCAAGGAUUACGCCUGGACCGUGAGCCGGCUGGGGCGCGCCGCCAAGGACUUCGCCACGGGCGGGGACGAGGACAGGCUGACGGAGGUGACCGCCUUGCUGGAGGUUCGUGGCACGCCGGUGCGCUGUGACAAGAUGUUCGCCUUCUGGGCCGGCGAGAGCUCGCCGCUGACCGACGCGGACCGCGAGCUGGACGGUGUGAUCGAGCUGGCGUUUAAUAUCUUGUGGCAUGCCGUAAACAAUGGGGCAAAAUGAGCAAGUAGCAGAGGCCUUCUUCUACCUCCGGAAGAAAAAUGAUCAUCUUUUCCAGCAGUGAAAUAUGUGAUGUGCAACAAUAUAAUGAGUAAUAAUAAAUAACUUGACAAUUUCCAAUGGAGAUUGUAGAAAGCUGUGGUGUUAUCAGUAUUUAUUUAUUUCAAAAAUGAAGCGGAAUAUUUCUCUGAUUCACAAGAGUUCAGAUCAGGCGAGGAAGGUUUACCGUUCGAGUCGCAAAAAUGGCAAUCCUACUCUUACUCUAGACCUUUCACUUCCAGUUGAUCUCAACCAAAAUUCUACUGCUUGGCCUGUCUGAACUGAAGCAUCUAAAAA